AUGGCGACAGGAUUAUCAUCUCAGCCCAUGGUAAAUGGAGACAAACCGGGCACAAUCACGCUUCAUAUACUCUGCCAGUCUCUACCCCCUCCAAGCCGGUUUACACUCGAGAACGUUCCACUCUCCUCCACAAUCGCGCAGCUCAAAGGUCGGAUCGAACAAUCCUUUCCGAACAAUCCUCAAGCAUCACACCAAAGACUCAUCUACCGAGGGAAACCCCUAACUGUUGAUGACGCAACACUCAGAGCAGUAGUUUCAUCUAUGGAGGAAGGCAUUGAUAGUAUGCACCUCGUGCUGCCGCCUGAGCCAACACACGCAGCAGCACCUCCUGCCUCUGAGAUGCCGCAACAUUUGCAUCUCGGGAAUUCUGCUCAAGCUUCCACUUCCUCGUCCACCUGGGUUGAUGACUCAAACCCUGAUCCUUCGGUGACUACAGCUAGCAUGUCCUCACACUCCAGCAUUCCCAGGGAAACGGAUGCCACUUCGGGUUCUCCACGGGUCACAUUCAAUCAAUACGUCAACGCCUCUUCCUUUAACCGACACUCAGCAGCUACAAACGCACCAGAAGCCUAUGGUGCAGAAACCUCUCAGCGUAUUUUCACUUUACGGCGUCAUAUCGAGGAGAUUGAGGGACAACUCGACCGACGUAUCAUGCCAUGCAUGGAGAACAUCAUUCUUAUACGGAACCAACUUCUUGAAAUUCAAGAUGCACGACCUGCGAGACAACUUCCUAUACCAGGUGUUGCGGAACUGGUUGCUCGCAUUCUUGAUUCUCAACAGCGCGCCCGUCUAAUGGAAUUUAUGCAACAGCAGCACUCGCAGCCAAGCGUUGUAGCUCAAACCGCUACCCGAAACACGCUCCAAGCAGGCUCCAUUCAGUUAUUCAUGCUGUCCUCGCCAAUGGGAGACUAUCAUAGCGGCCUAUUAACACAGAACCAUCACUUGGUAUCCCGGCCUGCAACCCAGCGGGCAGGUGCACCCAAUCCAGCCGUUGCUAACGAACCCGGCGCACCCCAGACACCCCAAGUACCUCCAGCACCCCAACCACCUAACCAAAACGCAGCGGUGGUCCAGAACGCCCUGCGACAAGCAAUCCUCAACCAAGAGCGCCGUGGCAACAACGUCGAGCACGCUGGUCUGGCACGACACAUCCGCCGCAUCUGGUUGUUCACCCGUCUGUGGCUCUUCUGCUACCUCACCAGCGCCCCUGGUACCUGGAGGCGUUACAUCUUUGUCAGCAUUGCCUUGCUUGUUGCAUUCUUUUCUGAGACCAAUAUUCCACGGCAGUUUGCGACAACGAUCAUUAGUCCCAUCCAACGUCAUCUCGAGGGCCUCACUCAUGUCGGUGGGCCAGCAGAUCGAGCCACCCAAACUGGAGCCAAUGACGCUGCUGCAGAGUUCAAUAUUUGGGACCAGAUACGCCGCGCGGAGCGAGCCAUUGUUUUUCUUUUUGCAAGUCUAGUUCCCGGUCUCGGUGAGCGGCAUGUCCAGGCUCGCACUGCGGCAGACCAAGCUUUCUUAGCUGAGCAGGAGCGCCAGGCACGGGAACGUCAGGAGCAGGAGCAAGCGCGGGAGCGGGAGCGCCAGGAGCAGGAACGGGCCCAAGCUAGUGUGGUGGAAGAUACGGGAAAUGCAGGUACCGAACAAGAAUAG